AUGAUCUCGUUAAAUGAUGGUUUCAGCUGUCGUUAUUGGACUCCGAUGGUCGCUUUUCCAUUCGUUCCGAAGUUUCACCAUCUUUGCACGAUUCCGACUUUCAAUAUUUUUGGACUUCGAUAUCGUUCUACUCUGAGGGGACGUUUUCAACACUGGAAGAAACCGGUAUAUUCAGCGCCUCAUGUUAAUCCUCUCGAAGUGGGACCUGAUUUUUCAAUUGUAGGUGGACGGUCCGUUCAUGUUACGUCUAAAGUCCAGUUGAAGCAUAAGCUGGAUCAACUUCGAUUAGCGAAAAAAAUCGUUCACUUACUUAGUGACGUCAAGGAAAUGGAAGUCUUGCAUAAGAAUGCGCAGAGGCAGCGAUUAGUGAAUGAAGAGCACAUUGAAUCAAUUCGGCCAAAAUCCAAAGGAAUGAAAUCUAUAGUCUGA